CUGGGAAAGAGGGAGCUGGAAGUCAGUUUCUCGGGUGGUGCUCUUUGCUAUUGUUACUGGAGGGCGGUGCACCCUUAGGCUGCAUUUGUUACCUGAGCAUUAAGGGACGGGCAGUGCACCCCUUUUCUGUGCUGGCUGGAUUUGCUUGUUUUUGUUCCUAGUCAUUGCUCAUGUAAUGCACUCCCUUAACCAGGAAAUUAAAGCAUUCUCCCGGAAUAAUCUCAGGAAGCAAUGCACCAGGGUGACAACGCUAACUGGAAAGAAAAUAAUAGAAACAUGGAAAGAUGCCAGCAUUCAUGUUGUGGAAGAAGUAGAGCCGAGCAGUGGGGGUGCUUGUGGUUAUGUGCAGGAUCUUAGCUUGGACCUGCAAGUUGGCAUUAUUAAGCCAUGGUUGCUCCUGGGCUCACAAGAUGCUGCUCAUGAUCUGGAUACACUGAAAAAACACAAGGUGACUCAUAUUCUCAAUGUUGCAUAUGGAGUUGAAAAUGCCUUCCUCAGUGACUUUAUAUAUAAAAGCAUUUCUAUACUGGAUAUACCUGAAACCGAUAUCCUGUCUUAUUUUCCAGAAUGUUUUGAAUUUAUUGAACAAGCAAAAAUGAAGGAUGGAGUAGUUCUUGUUCAUUGUAAUGCAGGAGUUUCCAGGGCAGCUGCAAUUGUAAUAGGCUUCCUGAUGAAUUCUGAAGAAAUCUCAUUUAGCAGUGCUUUUUCUUUGGUGAAAGAUGCAAGGCCUUCCAUAUGUCCAAAUGCUGGUUUCAUGGAGCAGCUUCGUACAUAUCAAGAGGGCAAAGAAAGCAAUAAGUGUGACAAAAUACAGGAAUUAGAAAGGGACAACAGUUCAUGAGUUACACUCUAAUAGAUGAAGGACAAAUAAUUUCUGAGUUGGCUUCUAUAACCACCUUUCCCCUUUUUUAUAGAGUAUAGUAAUAAAAACUUCCUUUUUUCUUGUUCUUUUCAAGUGAAAAUGGAGGUCAACUGAUUGUACUGAGCUAGUAUAUAAGUAAUUUUUAAAAUUAUAUUAUUUUCUUUGUUAUUAUAAUGUGUGAUUAAAUGCUUCUUUGAUUUGCUAAGGGAGAAUAACAAUGUAUUACCAAUAAUUGACUUAUGUAGAAGAAAAAAUUUUUAAAUUUAAAGUCUAUGUUAAAAAUGGAAAGAUUAAAUCAGUUGAUUAAGACUUUUGGUACUUUUCUAUUCCGGCUACUGUAUCCAUGAAGGAAAAAAUUUGAAAUGCUACUUGACUUACUAUUUAAGAGGGAGAUAAAUUUCUUGGUAAACAAUUUAAGAUUAAAAACCAAUACCUUAAACCUUCCAAAAGAGGUAACCAAAAUGUGAAGGUUUACACAAUAUUUAUGUAGUGGUUACAAUAUUCAAAAAGUGUUUCUGUCCUUUUAUGAAAAUGUACUCAUUUUUCAUUUUGAUUUUUUUAAAUUUAAUUAUAUUCCUUGGAUUUAACUUUUUGUGUAGAUUUUCUCUCUUACAUUAUUGUGAGCUUAUGGUGCUUUAAUUAGGUGAUCUAGUCUCUUACAGUGUAUGCUUUUUAUCCUGGGUUCCUAGCGUUCUGUUUUUGGGUCCUAUGGCAUAAUUUUUUGAUCUUCUUGGAUCUGUGGAAAAAUAUUUUAUACAAAAAAAUCAUUUUUUAGAUGUGAUUUGUUUAAUGAUCUGUUUUCUAGUUCAAUAUUAUACUAGAGAACAUAUUUUUAAAGAAGGAAGGGUUAUGGUUUUGUAAGGAAUUUUAAAUACAUUAUGAGAAAGCCUAAAAUUAUUUACAAUUUUAUCUCUAACCAGAGGCCUUGAAUAGUUUUAUUUUAAAAUAUUAAGUCUCCAGUGAGGGCUGGCUAGGCAGAGGGGAGUAAAGGGGGGAAAACUGGAACAACUAUAACAGCAUAAACAAUAAUAAAAAAAUAGAAAAUUAAAAAAAAAAUCUCCAUAUUGGCAAGGCUGAACUCUACAUUAUAAAUUUGCUUAAAGGUAUUCUUUGACUUGUUCAAAAUAAAGUGUACUUAAAAUUAAUAUAGUAAUUAUGAUAGGAUUUAUUUAAUAGCUUUCAAGUAACCUUUCAUGACUUAGAAAAUAUCAUUGCCAUUUGGAUAUUAUUAAGAAAGUCAGCUCUUCUUAAUUACAUAUUCUAGAGAGCUAAUAUAUCCCCAUAUGUAAGGUGGAAAGUGCACAUCGAGCACAUCUGCAUGUUUGUGGAAGCAGGCUUUCUUAUGCUGUUGGGAGCAAAAAAGUAAAAGUGAUCAAUGCAAAUUAUGUCUCGAGAUCACUUACAGCUUGACAAGAUGCCAUCACAUGCUAAACAAUGAAUGUUGCUUCUGCUGAGAAGCAAUAUAAAUGUAAUCAACAUACAGUCAGUUGUCUGAAGCUAACAAUGGCAGACAGAAUCAUCUUAAAUACGAGGUUGAUAUGUAAUGUCUCUGAGGUCAGUAUUGCUGAGGGUUUGCAGGGUGAACGUUUUCCAUUCAUGUGAAAGCAUUUAUUUAAAUACAUUUCCUUUUGCUAGGUGCUGUUCAGUUUUCAGGCAUUAAAUGUUGUGACAUGAAGCCUUGAAUAGAACUUGUUCAUAAUGGAUAGUAUGUUACUUAUGUCUGUAUUUUGUAUGCUUAGGUGUUUCCUGUAGUUACCUGGUUAUGGUGCAAGAUCAUAUCCUCUGUAUCAUCUACCGAAGUGCUUUGAGCAUCUAUUUCAUUUUAUUUUAAAUGAUAAUAGUUUGCUAUAUCUAAAAUAGCUCAAUAAAUGUAAUUCAGUCUUUUAAAUUAGGGAUACUAUGGUAAGGCAAUGAUUGGUCAUCUAUAUGAGUAUCUAGCAUGUUUAUUGUGUUUCCCAUGGAUGUAAGCCACUCUGUCAUAACUGGUUAUUUAUAAAAAGGAAUUUUAUCAUUAUGAUUCUUUAUCUCCCAUAUUAUAUAUAAAAAAUGUGUACCAAAUGUAAGUCAGUUUUGAGGGAAAGGGAAAAUAUUUCAAGGUGUGUUUACCUCUAUUUUAAAAUAGAUUUUUCUACAACUUUUUAAAGUAAAGAGGAAAUGAAAAUAUCUUUUGUUUUUAAACAUUGAAAAGAAAUAUAAAGCCUUCCUAGCAACCUGAAAAAGAAGAGAAGAAAAAAGACUGGAAAAUAUCAUACAAUUCUAUUUACUUGGUUAAUAUUUUAAAAACAUUUUGCUAACUUUACACUUUAGUAUAGGCUUGUGAUGACAUAUAGUUUGUACUGAAAAUGAAGAAAUAUUUAAAUUUUUGAAAACUGAGAAAUCUUUUUCUUAUAUUCUUUUGGAUAAAAUUUAGACCCUUAUAUUAACUCAAAGAUUUCAGAUAAAAUGGAAUGUAGUAUUUAAAAACUGUCACUGCAGUUUUACUUGUGCAUCAUUUCUUCCCUAUUGAACCUUGACUGAAAUGUAUGAAUAUACCACAUUCAUGUAGUAUGAAUAUUCAUUGUGUAACAUGGGGGACAUAUUUCCAUUCUGAUUGAUAAUUUCAGUGGUGAUGGGGAAACGUGAACUUGUCACCUGAUUGUUAGUAGCAUAAGUGGUUUAAAUGUAUAUGGCAAGUACCCCUUAAAAGGUAAUUUCUCCAAAGAUUCUUGAAUGUAGCAGGUAAAAAUCAGAAUAUUGUCUUACAAUCUUACCCAGUGAGUUAAUCAAUGAAUUGAUUCCUUUAUAAGCAAAGCCACAAUACAUUUUAAAAUCAGAAAUGUAGCAAAAUGAAUUACUUAGUUUUGUCAGGUAACUCUAAAUAGUUGAUUGUUCUGCCCAAAGGAUCCUGAGCAUAUUUAGUUACCCGGUAGUUAUUUAAGAAUUUAAACCAGAUUUUAAAGUUUUAUAUUCUUGGAAUAUGUACAGUGGCAUUUACAGUUAAAUUAAUGGUUGUUUCUGUUGAUAUACUUUAAAAAUAACAAACUUUUCUAUCUCAAG